UUCAGAUAAGAUUUACGAUUCAUACAGUUGAUUCGACCCUAAAAAGUUACUAUAAUAGUUCCUGGGUCUUUAAAAUACAUAAUACUAAAAGUUGCGUUGGCAACAUUCGUGGCUGUUGCCAUAUUCACAACUUCCGAAUUUUUAACGAAUUUUGACCGAUAAAGUAAACAAACAAACAUGAAAACAAUAUUUCUGUUGUUUCUUUGUAUUUUCGGUGCUCGCGCCUAUCGUCCCAACGUUUUAUUCAUUAUAUUGGACGAUUUACGACCCGCGUUACAAGUUUAUGGGGACACGACCUCUUAUAGCCCCAACAUAAACAGUUUGGCAAAAAAGAGUUUUGUGUUUCAGCAAGCCUAUGCCCAGCAAGCCCUGUGUGCCCCAAGCAGAAACUCACUGCUAACCAGCCGAAGGCCUGACACAUUACAUUUGUACGAUUUUUACAGUUAUUGGCGAGAUGCAGUGGGGAAUUUUACAACAUUACCGCAGCAUUUUAAAGAGCAUGGUUAUCAGACUUAUUCUAUUGGCAAAGUCUUUCAUCCGGGGAUUUCCUCCAAUUUUAGUGAUGACCAGCCCUACAGCUGGACUAGAAGUCCAUAUCAUCCGAAAACUGAACAAUUUAAAAAUGCUAAAGUCUGUACCAAUUCAGACGGGACUUUGGGUAAGAAUUUAAUAUGUCCAGUUGUUACUGAGUUUCAACCUUUGGGUACACUUCCCGAUAUUGAAUCUACCAAUGAAGCGGUCAAGUUCCUUCAAGCAACGAAAACGAACACCCAACCCUACUUUCUGGCAGUGGGUUUCCACAAACCCCACAUCCCUUUUAAGUUCCCAGAACGGUAUUUAGAUUACCAUCCCCUAAGCAACAUAUCUUUACCUUCAAACAGAGUGAGACCAUCUUUACUGCCUGACGUAGCUUGGAACCCCUGGAUAGACAUUAGGGAACGAGACGAUGUUAAGAAACUCAACAUUCCAUUUCCCUAUGGUCCAAUUCCAGAUGAUUUGAAUAAAAGAAUCAUACAGGCUUAUUAUGCCUCUGUUACUUAUGUUGAUGAUCUUAUCGGAAAAGUUCUGCAGAAUGCAGAUUUUACAAAUACUAUAGUGGUGGUUACUAGUGAUCAUGGUUGGUCCCUGGGUCAACACGGGGAAUUUUCAAAGUACAGUAACUUCGAAGAGGCCACUCGCGUCCCCCUAAUAAUCCACGUGCCAAACUUGUCCGAAAAGCGAAUAAACGUCGAUUCGUUGACGGAACUCGUCGAUAUUUUUCCCACUUUGGUGGAUCUCACUCGGGUUUCCGAGCCGCUGCUGCGAUGUCCUAAAAGUGCCAUUUUAAAUGUUUGUACCGAGGGGAAGAGUUUACUUCCGGUCAUGCUAGGGUCUUUAGAAAUGCAUAAGAAAGUCCAAGGAAAAUCGGCAAUUUUUACUCAACAUCCAAGACCGGGUGCUCGUCCAACUCUAAACCCCAACAGCGAUAAACCCCAUUUGCGUGACAUUCAGAUAAUGGGCUACUCUAUAAAAACGAACGUCUACAGAUACUCGGAAUGGGUCGGAUUUGAUAAUGAGAAUUUUAGGGCCAAUUGGACAAAAAUUUAUGGAAGGGAAUUGUACAAUCACCAAAUCGAUCCGCAAGAAAACCUGAACUUAGAGGACCGUGCGGAUUUGCAACCGAUCAUAAAAAAGUUGAGGAAACGGUUAAUUUUAGGAUGGAGGAAGUCAUACUAAGAAAUUUAUACAAAUAAUCCGGUAGAGCUUCAAGAACCAAAAAAGCUCAGGGUAUCCGAAAAUGAAACAAGCGCACAGCCAAAUUAUAUACUUUCCGCGAGAAAAUUGGUUUCCUGGUCAUUAUUCUACUUUUUCAUGUGGUACGUUGUUACUUAUUGUCAAUAUAAUGAUAUGUUUUAUUGGGUAAAAAUCAAAAUUUACAUUAUUUCUUACUUGCUUUGAAGCCCAGAAAGGCUAUUUUUGAAAAAUCAUUAGUCAAUUCAUGGUUUUGAGGGCCUUUUGUCUGAUCUCUUUUGAAAGUCGUAAGCAUUGAUAAAGUAGUAAAGUCUAAUUUUCGAACAAUUAUCAGCUUACCUCGGGUAAAAGCGGACCAAUUUCACUAUGAUAUAAGUAAGGUAGGAGAACAUUGGGGAAUAUCGACUGUUACGAAAAAUCGACCAGUUUCUUCAAUUCUCAUAAACUUGGCGCCAUCUGGGCUUGAUAUACUAAGGAACCGAGAGAUGGCCUUCGUAUGUGCUUGAUGUAACUCUUCAUGUGUUAUUAUUGACAGUUGUUCUCGUUUUUAGAUUUUUUUUAUUAAAACUGUAAUGGUAACGUAGGGAACUCUUUUUACAUUGUAAUGUAUUGCAUUUCAUGUAUAUGGGAUAAUGCGGAUAUUCUUCCGAAAUUUAGGUGCAAUUUUGAUACAUUUUUUUUGUUAAAAAAAGAGGCAUAAAUGUUUAAUGUUCCAUAUGAUACUCUUUCAACAGGUAGAUUUCAACCGUGUUUUCCAAAAAUCAGGAAAACUGACAGUUCAAAGCGUAAGAGAACUUUGGUUUUUAAAUAUGCCGAGACAAAUAAAUUACACAAUAUUUUAAUAAGGAGAACAGGAUGUGUGGUGAGGUUUCGAUCUAUUCUAUACUAGCCUUAGUAGAGUUACCGCAUUCAAUAGAGGUUCAAUGAAUAUUUCUUUUAAUAAACUAUUUUUGAAAAAUACCUGAAAUUUAAAGUUCAUCGCAUCUACAACGUUGACGAAACGGGUAUUUCGAAUGUCCACAAUCCGGAUCGCAUAUUGGCAAGAAAAUGAGUGUAACAAGUCGGCAUAUAAGGGAGAGUUGGGUAAUGGUGCGCGGUGGGUAAUCGUGCGCACCAUGAUAUUUUGUAUUUCGCGGGCUAUCCGAAACGCUAAACCAGUGCUGCUCUCUGCAACGGAGUGCCUAAAAUGUGUGCGCGACCGUUGGCGCCAUUAGUGUGUUUACGAUCGCCGAGAGGUUAACCGAUUCAAUUUUCCUUUGUUUUUUAUAAGUUUUCGGGGUCAGAAAAUAAAACGGUAAGUCCAUAAUUUUUUGUCCAAUCGUUUUACAUUACUUAUAUUUGUAAAAUCUAGAGUAUUGUGAAUAUUUAGGAACCUUUAAAUCAUACAUUGUUUAUAUGUUUUUGGCCACAUCAUGUUUU